AUGGUUAACGCUCGGCUGGAGGCAAUUUCUCGGCGUCUCCCGGUUGAAAUCCUUCGUCCGCCUUUAGCGGCUGACACGCGGAGGACUGAGGAGCCGCCGACACUUGCGCAUCAAAAGGGGAAGCCCGCGGAGGGUAACAAAAAGCCCGCGGAGGGAGCUCCUCCGAGCAACCAGCCCACGACUGCCGGGUCUAUGGGUGAGACCUGGGCGAAAGUCGUGGGCCGCAAGAAGGCCCGCAAAGCCGCCAAGAAGGCCGCAGCAGCCGCAUGUGCCCCAGGUGGAACCGCAAAGACGGCUCCUAAACCUGCACAGUGGACUGCCAAAGGCGGUCGCAAGAGACCGGCUGUACAUGUUCCGCGGUCCAACGCUGUGACAAUAACGUUGCAGCCUGGAGCUGUGGAGCGUGGCGUGACGUACCAGUCGGUCAUCGCCGAGGCCAAGGCCAAGAUCAAAUUAUCUGAUCUUGGCCUUCAGUCCGUCACCCUCAGGCAGGCUGCCACGGGUGCACGAUUAUUCGAGGUGGCUGGCACUGUGAGCGGCAGUGCCGAAAAGGCGGACGCACUGGCCGCCAAGAUGAGGGAGGUCCUCAACCCAGAGGACGUCCGGGUCUCCAGGCCAAUGAAAACCGCAGAGGUGCGGAUUGCUGGCCUGGACGACUCCGUGACCUCAGAGGAGGUGGUGGCGGCCGUUGCCAGAAGCGGAGAGUGUCCGCCGGACAAGGUGCGGGCUGGCGAUAUACGCACCGACGCCGCCGGACUCGGCGCGGUCUGGGUUCGGUGCCCUGUAGCGUCGGCAAAGAAGAUCGCCGAUAGCGGCAGAUUGCUGGUAGGCUGGGUGGCGGCAAGGACCAAGCUCUUACAGCCCCGGACUUUGCAGUGCUUUCGGUGCCUGGAAAAAGGGCACGUCCGGGCGAAGUGCACCGCCGAGGUUGACCGUAGUGACCUCUGUUUUCGCUGCGGCCAGCCUGGCCACAAGGCUGCCCAGUGCACCGCGGCGUUCAACUGCAGCCUUUGUUCUGCUGCGGGAAGGCCUGCAGAGCACAGAGUAGGCGGAGGGGCCUGUGGGGCGCCUGCCAGCAAGGCCAAAAAGAAAAAGGAAAAGAAGAGGAGCACUAAGCCUGCCGGGUUAACCUCGCUGCCCCCGCAGGCUAGCAGCUCCGCGGCCGACUCCCGGCCCAGGACCGUUGCCGAGGGGAUGGAAUGUCAAUAA